UAAUUAAUUUUCUGGAUAUAACCGUUUUCUAGAAUAUAAAUCGAAUGUUGCCAUGUUCCAAAUAUUUUCCAAGUUAUUGAAAACUUUUAUUUUGAACGAUCAUCAGCGUCUGUGGUUGGUUGGGAGAGAGGGUGGCGUUUACUGCAGCGUUCUUCACGUUCAUUCGUAAAUUCCAAAUUAGCCUCAGCGCGUGAGACUGAUAUCUGCUGCGGAGUGCUGUGAUUUGGUCUGACGGCGAGCUUUGCACUGUUGCACUUGUACCAUGGCAGCUGAGCUCUCCACCUCCAUAAACAUUAAAGAGCCACGCUGGGAUCAGGGAACAUUUGUGGGUCGAGCAAAGCAUUUCUUCACUGUCACAGACCCGAGAAACAUCCUCCUGUCGAAUGAACAAUUAGAAAAAGCACGUCAGAUUAUUCUGGAUUACAAAAAAGGGGUGGUAACACCGGGUCUCACAGAAGACGAGCUAUGGAGGGCGAAGUAUGUUUUUGACUCAGCUUUCCAUCCAGACACAGGCGAGAAAAUGCUCCUGAUUGGUCGCAUGUCUGCUCAGGUCCCCAUGAACAUGACCAUCACUGGAUGCAUGAUGACGUUCUACAGAACGACUCCAGCAGUUCUGUUUUGGCAGUGGAUCAAUCAGUCUUUUAAUGCAAUAGUCAACUACACCAACAGGAGCGGAGACGCCCCCAUCACAGUAAACCAGCUUGGCACAGCAUAUGUAUCAGCCACCACAGGAGCCGUGGCUACUGCUUUAGGACUAAAUGCAUUAGCAAAGCAUGUGUCUCCACUCAUAGGACGCUUUGUUCCUUUCGCUGCUGUAGCUGCUGCUAACUGUAUUAAUAUUCCACUCAUGAGACAACGGGAACUCAAACACGGCAUUCCAGUAACAGAUGAGAAUGACAAUCGGUUAGGAGAAUCCUCAAAGGCAGCUCAACAGGCCAUCACACAAGUGGUGGUUUCCAGAAUCCUCAUGGUCCCGGGAAUGGCAAUCCCACCAUUUUUAAUGAACUCUUUGGAAAAGAAGGCCUUCCUGAAGAGGUUUCCGUGGAUGAGUGCACCCAUUCAAGUUGGCUUGGUUGGGUUUUGCCUUGUGUUUGCAACCCCAUUGUGUUGUGCGUUAUUCCCACAAAAGAGCUCUAUGGCAGUGAGCCGUUUGGAACCAGAGCUGCAGGAGAAGAUUCGAGCCAGUCAUCCUGGAGUAGAGACUGUCUACUUCAACAAAGGACUGUAAAGACAAACGUUGGUGAAUCUGCUCUCUACUGUAAUGCUUUCACGUUCAUCUAAAACAUCUCUUUGUGUGCCAAAGUUCACCCGUUCCUCUCCAGGACAUCCCAACUCAGUCAUUUUGUAAGAUGUUUUUACAUUUUUGACUGUUUUAAUUGUUUUAAUUGUUUGCUGCAGACUUUUGUCUGACAUGUGUAUGACGGUGCACACUACUGUAUAUACAUGUAGCAUUGUUUUUUUUUUUUUUUAUAUUUGAAAUCAUUUUGUUUGCUGCCAGAUUAUUCCAUGUGCCAUUCAAUGUCGUUUUCGGUAAGGAUCAAAGAUGGCUGGUGUUGACCUUGUUUGUCUUUUCCGUUAGUCUGUAUUGCAUUGUUAUUAUCAGUAUUUCGUCUUGAGGGUUGCAGUUUAUACGUUACUGCCAAAUUUCAUUUCAGUUUCAAGAAAAAUCAAGGGACCUCUUAAUGACGAUAGUGCAAUCCGUUGAAAACAUUGCCAAAUACAAACCUCUGCUGCACAUUUCCUUAGACGCAGGUUUAAUAAACCGAUAAACUACAGCAUGGGUUUUAAGAAGAGUUUUAUCUAUUUUACUAUCCUCAGUAUUUGAGUUUAACUAGGAUGUUAUAUAAGAAUAGCGUGUAUGUUCAUAUAAUUUCUUCUGCCUGCUGACAGUGCAUGAACAAACUUUUUGUAAGUGAAAAUAGUGUGAGGUUAAAGUUCAAUGUGUUCUCAUUGACUGUUCCAAAGUCCACUCCUCUAGCAGUUCAAGGUAACACAUUGUUUUUCAAUGCAAACUUCACAAACCUGCAUCUGUUUUCUAUUAAGUCCACCAUAAAAACUGUCUUUUCAUGUGCCAUAUUUUGUUACGCUUAAGGUAACACAGCAGUUUCCAUUAAACCUAGAAUAACUAGAACAAUCUAACAGUAUAGAGGUUAAUGAUUAAUGGAAGGUAAUGUGUCAUUUUCUGUAUCUUUUAAAGAAAAGACAGAAUCCAAUAGUAUUUUUUUUAGCUAGUGUGAUUUUUCCUUUUAUGAAGUGCUACACUGCCUUUCCGUAAAUCCUGUUCUUGUUUGCCAUCAACACUACAUGGCCAAAGUACAUGGACAGUUCCUUUAAAUGAACAGGUUUGGCUACUGACAAGUAUUAAUGUAACUGCAUAAAGACAUUCUAGCUAGAAAAUUGUAUUUUAGUAAUCUACAUGACUCCAGUCCAUCAAUUAAUGUCUUGUGAAGUGAAAAGCUGCAUGUUUUUAACUUUAAACCAUUGCCACAAUAUUAUGGAUAAAGACUUAAAACCGUGGAUUUGUCUAUUACAAACACACAGCUUUUCACUUCAUAAGACGUAAAUUGAUGUACUGGAGUUAUUUGGAUUACUUGUGCAUUAUUGUGAUGUUUUAUCAGCUCUCGUUCUGACGGCACCCAUUCACUGCAGAGGAUCCUUUGGUGAGCAAGUGAUAAGGCAAAAUUUUUCCAAAUCUGUUCUGAUGAAGAAACAAACUACAUCUUGAAUGGCCUGAGGGUGAGCAAAUUGAAUUUUUUGGGUGAUCUAUUGCUUUAAUGGAACUGCAUACAGUGAUAUUCUAGAGAACUGUAUGUUAAACUUUAUGCUCAAGGUCCAUAAAGAACUCACUCACCACCUCACUUUUUUGAAACAAGAUGAUUGGCCCACACAAAGCCUCGCCCUUUAGGAUGAAUUGUAAUACAGGGACCAUGUUCACUGCGUUCCAAAAGCCAAAGCCUUCCUAGAAGAGUUUGGAGCAAAUGGAUCAAAUAAUGCUUUUAGUUCAAAGCAACAUAUGGGUACUUGUUUGGAUGUCCAUGUAUUUUUGGCUAUGUUAUGUAUUUUUAGAUUUACUGAUGUUAAUCUUUGUGAACUUUCUGUUUAAUUGACUAAGUCUCCAUGUGUUGAGGUAUUUAAAUAUGUUUAAUGUUUAAAAUGUAACCUACUAAGAGAGCGCAACAGCUCUCGGUUAGCUGUGUGUUGAUCCCUCUGAUCUUUGUUGUUGUGAGACUGUUGAUGUGCCACAUUUGUUCAGUUCUUGAAUGUAGUGUUGGCAGUAAUGAAAUCAAACUGAGAGCAUGUACAUUUCUGUGGAUAGACUGCUGGUUUUGUUGGUAGCCACUCUUUGUUUUUGUUUUAAUUGUGACAAAAGCACAACAGUCCUUGUUCUUCAAGAUUCCCUGAAGGUCUUCAGUAUUAUGCUUCACGUAUCUCUGUGAAAGAUGAUGGGUAGGGGACAAUUCUAGGUGUUUAUAAUGUGUUUAAUGUGUGCCAGAUCAGGGUCGCCAGUGUCACUAACAUUUGCAGGGCCUGGGACAUUUUUUUUCGUCCCCCUCAAUGAAGGCCCUAGGUGCUCAGAUCUUUGAUCAUUCCUAUUCCAUUUGAGAUCUGUGAUACUUAAAGAAUCGUGUAUAAAUAAACUGAAUUCAUAACUGAUGCGUCAAAUAACUGCUGGUUUGUUCACCAGAAUCACAACAGCAAUGUAGCCAUGAGGAUCUUUAGACAGGAAUUUACAGCACAUCUGUUCUUUGUAAUCAUUAUAAGGUAGCUGACUUAUUAAUAGAUUAAGUGGAAUGCAGUGUUUUCCUGGACAAGAAAACAAUUCCUUGUGCAUUGAACACAGCAUAAUACUGUUUGUUUCCUGAUCCCAUAUUAUGUAAUCAAUAUAACUCAAGACAUCUGCAUACUUGGAACAAAACAGGAAUACUCUGAGGUGACUCAAUGGUCUGCUCUUCAAAUGAACAAGACGCUCUGAUUCGUACAAUAAUUUGUUUACAGUGAAUGAGAUGGGUGUACGAUUUUCAAGAUGAAUAUUUUAAAAAUGUUUCUUAUUUUACAGUGAAUGGGGAUAUUGUACUGUGUAGAUUACACUGUACUGUGUGGAUUACCUAAAUGAAAUAAAGAGUAUUAAGCAAUGGA